GAAGGGAGGGCGUUACUAUGAGGAAGUUGGGUAGUUGCCAUGCGAAAGUGUGUCCCAGCUGGAGCGCGGAAGAGGCCUUGGUAGGAGCAGCUAUGGCCACCCUUCCCUGUGCACUUCUUACGAGCUGCGCGUCCGGGUUUAUAGAAGAGGAUCUGGUAACGCAAAUCAUCGGCAAAGAACAAAUCCCUGCACCUCAGUCUGUAACGGAGGGAGUGCGGCAGUAUGCAUGGAGAAUAGACAACAAAUACUACACAGCUGAUGUGAAUAUCUGCGUUGUACCCGGCACGUCUCACGUCACUACACAGAUUGCUAAAACGGCUCAGGCCUUUCUUGUAUAUUUCGAUAGCACACAGAAAUCGGGUCUGGAAAAGGUGUCUGCCUGGCUCCCGCUUCUAGAAGAUUGGCUGCUGGAUGUUAUGAUCUUGGUGUGCGAUAGGGUCUCUGAAUCUGGUGUUACUCGACAAACUGCACAGGAAUGGUGCAUUCAACAUGGAUUUGAGUUGGUGGAGCUAAACCCUGAGGAGCUUCCAGAUGAGGAUGAUGAUUUUCCAGAAUCUACUGGAGUCACUCGUAUUGUUCAAGCCUUAAAUGCCACUGUGUGGUCCAAUGUGGAAAUGAAGAGUGAACAAGCAUUCGGGAUUUUCAGCUCACUAGGCGGAAUGAACCAUAGCACAGAGACCAGUGAUGAUCAGCAGGGUGAAGUACUUGCGUCCUGCCAGUUAGCCGCAGAACAAAGUGAAAGGGGUACAUCUCAUAGCCCAAGUGAAACACAGGUUGAUUCUAUUGUAGAUCCAAUGCUGGACCUUGAUAUCCAAGAGCUUGCCAGUCUGACGUCAAGUGAUGGAGACCUGGAAAACUUCAGCCGACUGUUUAGCAAGCUACAGGCAAUGAAAGAAAAAGCUGCAUCAUUGCCUCAUGAGCAACGGAAACUGCAUGCAGAAAAGGUUGCUAAAGCAUUUUGGAUGGCGAUAGGAGGAGACCGUGAUGAGAUUGAAGGCCUUUCUUCUGAGGAGGAAAACUGAACAAACUCUAGUGAUAAUGACCAAUAAGCUGCAGAGCAGGAGGGAGAUGCUGUGGUUCCUGUGAUGAAGAGACUUCCCCCUUGUGUGCACACAGUGUUAGCACUAAACCAUCUCAUAAUUCUUGUUGUCUUUUCCAUUUGGUCUUUGUGGUCAUAGCAGCGGUAUAUUUAUUAGAACAAACGUUUGUUUAAUAAACUAUUUUAUAUUCAUUAAAGUGCCAA